AAUAAUGCGUUAUUUUUCGAAAUUCCCACUACGAAAUGGAAUUAAAACGACUAAAUUCCGACGUUAUUUCGAAAAUUCGAAGUUCAUUUAACGUUUCCAAUGUGGCACAAUGUGUUUUCGAACUGAUUUGCAAUAGUCUAGAUGCGAAAGCUUCGUCGGUAGCGGUAAGAGUAAACCUUAUUUCUUUUAAAAUACAGAUAGCGGACAACGGUGAAGGCAUAACUAAGGGAAAUAUGGAAUUAAUAGGGCUUCGAUAUAUGACAAAUAAAUGCCGGACGUUAAAGGAGUUCCAGAAACAGCUCAAUACUUAUGGAUAUCGCGGAGAAUCAUUAGCGAGUAUCAUAGAAAAUAGUAUUAAAGUCAGUAUAUCAUCAAGAAGUACCGGUUCUUCAGAAACGUUCAUCAAAACAAUGGGUAAAGAUGUUAACAUUGAGGUAAAAACAACAAAAUUUCGACCUAGCAUCGGAACUACUGUUACGGUAUUCGGAUUUAUGAGCAACAUUCCUGUUAGACAAAAACGAGUUAUAGAUGAAAUUGAGCUUGAAGGAGUGAAAAAAUGUUUAGAAAACUUAAUAAUUAUCAAUCCAAUGACAUCGUUUUCAUUGCGGAACGACGCUACUGGUUUGUUACUUCUAAAAAGUCCAAAAAAUGCCGAUAUUAUCGGUUCUUUCAGGUCAUUACACCAGGAUAUUAACGAUUCUUUCGAAUUACUGAAGGUAUCCAAACAUAAAGUGACUAUAGAAGGUUUGUUUCAUAAAGACUUCUCACUUUCAAAGAAAUACCAGUACAUUUACGUGAAUAAAAGACCAGUAAAUAGUCCUAAACUUCAAAAUCACAUUUUAAAACUUUUUCAAAAGAAGUACUUUGCUCAGAACCAUCCUAUUUAUGAGACUAAAAAGUAUCCAAUGUAUGUAUUUCAUAUUCGAUGUCCCUCAAGCAUUGUAGAUAUUCUGAGUAAUUCUAUUAAGUCUGAGGUAGAGUUCCAGUCUUGGGAUGUUAUAAUGGCGUGUACAGAUAAAAUUUUAAACACAUUUUUGGGUUUGAAUGAACAGAAAAUUGAGAAAAUGUCUCUGUACAGUCCUGAAGAAGUUAGCUGUGGUGUUUCUAAGGUUUUUGGAGCUGUACAAGGAAGAGCAUUUAAAAGAAAAAGCGAUGAAGCUUUUGAAAAAGAGAAUAACGUGGAAAAAGGUAAAAACAGCAAGACAGAAAAAGUUUUAAGUCCAGGUACUGAUCCAACUCAAGCUUAUGAAAUAUACGAUUCGGGGAAAGAUUUAGUGAAACCUAGUGAACAUAAGAAAAUAGUUUCAAUACUUAGGAAACCUCUGGAGAUAAAGGUAAACAGAGAAUCAAAAAUUAAAAAACAAAAAUCUUAUAUUGAAACGGAUUUAAACCAACCUUAUCAUACUUCAGAAGGAUUAGACAAAGAAUUUCUGUAUUCUAAGCCUAAUAGUAAUGAAAUACAAGGUAAGAACUUUCUUUUGGACAAAUUUCUUAGGUCUGCCCAAAUUUCUAACGACCUAGAUCAAGUUCUGAAAUUGGUUAUCCUGAUGUCAGUUCUGAAACGAUCUUGGAAUCGAAUUUUGUUAUUGAAAAAGACGUUAAAGAUCAUUUAAAAGGAAUUAAUACUACUAUGUCUAUAAAUAUUAAUAUGAAAAAGAAAAAGUUGAAAGAAAAGUAUAAAACUCGUGUCCAAACUCCUUAUAUGCGUCGUACUAAUAGUGGAAUGAGUGAAUUAAGUGGAAAACUUGAAAAUAUCAAUUUAGGAGACCCAGGAAUUAAGAGAAAACCCCAAAACGAAUUAUACAAUUGUCAUGAACACCUCGAAAGAUAAGACUUUGUAUAAGUUUAUUAAAAAAACCGAUAGCUUGGAGGUUCAGACUUCAUCAAAUGAAGCUACUACUCCGAAAAUAUGCACUUGUUACAUGAAAAAAGGAAAAUUUUUUGAAUUUCAGAAUUCCACUCAAAAAUCUUUAAAGGAAAUUUCUAACGAUCAUGAUUUAGAGCUUUUCAAAAAACCUUUGGAUCCAAACAAAAACAAGGAGGAUUUAAAUAGUUUCGAACAGUUUGAGGUAUGUGAAAGUCCAUAUUUUACGGAAAUCUCUAAGAAUGCCGCAGUAGUUCAAAUAAACCAUCACGAUAAAACGAGUAAUUCUAAACAAACACUGAGUCAUAGUACGGUAUAUGACGAAUUUCAGCCAAAAUUCAACAGUACACAGUUUUCUACUGGUGUAGUGUACAGUUCGGCCGAUAAUAUUGCUUCUAAAAGCAACAGUGCUUUUUUUCGCGAUAAUAAUAAUAAUAAUGACGACAUUGUUGCGGAAAGUAUGCUAAAUGCAAGACCAAACAUGCAUUUCACUGUCAAAGACUCCUGUUUGAAGCCUAACUGUUGCUGUUCAAAUUUCCUUCCUUCAAAACAAGAAAUUUUAGAUACCAUAGCACAAAAUAUUGAAGCUGUGAAUAAAAAUAUCAAAAAUAAUCUUCUGGGUAUCAACAAACAACAAAUAAUAGAAGAAUCCUUGUCUUUGAAUGAUAAUUUUUCAUCACAAACAGUUCAUACGCUCCAAAACAACAUCAUAGCUGAAGAAAGUAAUAGAAAAAGUAAAGAACAAGAUCCUGAGGCCGAUGAAUUCAAAUUUCAAUUUAGUAACGACCUUUUUACUGAAGUAUCUUCAUUUAAAAGUAGUCCAAACGUAUCGAUUCAUCCAAACAAUGAAAAUAUAUUCAAAAAUAUAAAUAACCAAUCUCAAACAGUAAAGAAUUCUGGAGAGAUAAAGAAUUUGCAAAAUAAACCAUCCACUUUCAAGUUUCAAUUCAGUAAUGAGGUUCUUUCAAGGAAUUUUCCUACGCGAAACGAUCCACCCAAGAAAUCCGAUGAUUUUUCGGUGUUGGACGAGGCAAUUGCUCCUACAAAAUCCUUCUUCGAUGACACUUGCCUUGUGAUAACUUUGCCAGAAACGAAUGAAAAGAAGAAGAUGUUUGAAGAUCUACUGAAUGAAGUUAGGCGCGAACAAAACCAAAGCACGUGCAAUUCGGGGGAAUACCCGGAAUUUGAAUCUGGAAAAGUCGUUAUGGAUUCGCAAAACAUGUGGAUAAAGUGUUAUAACGAUGCUGGAGGGAAAUAUUACACUAAUAAAAGAACUGGUAUGGUAUCAAAAACUACUCCAAAAUUAAUGGAAAUGAACUUUUCUUUUGGUUCAAGACUAGGGUUUGUCCCAAAAGGUUUAUCACCAGUUUUAAAAGGGCAUUUACCUGUAAAUAAAGUAAUGAGUCAGAAAAGUAAAAAUAAACUACAAGAAUUUAUAUUAGAAAGUUACGAAAACGAACUAUUGGUCGUAAAGUGGCAAAAUUACAUUUCCGACGACCCUGUUGAAUUUUUCAAAGAAAUUUAUCAGGAAAAAGCCAAAACCAUCGAAAAUGGAAUAAUGACUUUACAAAAUAGCGCAUUUAAAAAAUGGAAAAAUGAAAUCAAUUUCAAACAAGAAAUGUUGAGCGACUUAGAAAUUCUCGGUCAAGCCGAUAAGAAAUUUAUUGUAGCGGUACAUAAAACGGAUAAACUUUUGGUUUUAUUUGAUCAGCAUGCUGUUCAUGAACGAAUCAGGCUAGAAAGUAUACUAAAAGAAUAUAAAGGAAAAAAGUCAAAAUGUAAAGAAAACUUAACAUUUUUCCUACCAAGGAAUGACUUAUCUUUACUCAAAAAACACACUAGCUAUUUAAGUUCGUUAGGUUUAGAUGUACGGUUUUUUACUGAUGGUUUGAGUUUACUCAAUAUUCCUCUUUGUAUCCAAGAAAAAUACUGUUCUUCUGAUUGUAAAGAAGACUUAAACAAAAUCUUGUUAACUUUAAUUAAUGAUAUACUAGAAUUUCUUAAACAAGCCAGAUGUUCGACGCCAAAAUUGCCUAAAAUAAUUCAAAACCUUCUAAAUUUGAAAGCUUGUAGAGGCGCUAUAAAGUUUGGUGACUGUCUAUCAAAGGAAGAGUGUGAAGAUAUAUUGAAGAAAUUAAAAUUGUGUAAAUUACCGUUUCAGUGUGCGCAUGGUAGGCCGACUAUGCAACCCAUGUUGCAUUUGGAUAAAGUCCAAUUUACUCCAAAGGUAAAGAGAAUAAAUUUAAGAAAACUACUAUAAAGAUAUUACUGAUGAACAAAAGAAUUUUUUUAUUUUAAGUACUUACGUAUAUAAGUUUGUGUUAUUUAAAGAAAAACUACAAACAAUUUUUUUAAUAUUUUUU